CAUCCUCUGAAUUUGCAUUUGUUGUGUUGUUUCUCAGCUGUAUUAGUUCUGUUGUUAAAGGCCUGUGAACUCACUUGUGUUGUUGUUUCUCCCCUUUUGUUUAGCAAGAUGUCACUGAUGGAGGCUGAAGAAACCAGUGAGGGAGGUACCACUCCCCCAGCAGCCAGCAGCACCACUGGGGGAGCCUGGGAUUCUACCCCAGCCAGAGGGGAGCAUCACCAUGGCCCUCACACCUCAGCCAAAGUGAGCAUGAGCCCCUCUGACUCUGCAAAGGGAGCAGAGCUCAGCACUCCUGAGUGCUGCCUCUCUGCCCCAGGCAAAGCAGCAGAGAUGCUGGGCAGAGCCUCUAACCCUGUGCCAAAAGUGCCAGCAGGCCUGCAGCAAGAGCAAGGGGAUGCAGAGCCUCAGGAGGAACUCUCUGAAUUGGAAGGAGAAAUGUUUUCAGAGCAGGGUGUUCUGGAUUGUUCUCUGAAACUCACGCAGGUGGAGCUGGCUGAGCUAGAAAGCAACCAGGACUCUUCUCUCAGGACAGACCAGGGUGGGCAAGCCACUGGCAACAGCACCCUGCAGGCUGUGGACCUCAUCACUGAGCUUCCUCAGUGCCAGGCUGAAGUGACUGCUGAUGGCUCAGUCCCCGAGGCCCAGCACCUGAAUUCACCUUUGGUUGCUGCCUUUCCCUCUCCGAGGGAGACACCUAAGUGCUUCCUGGUGUGUAAAACUGUUUCAGAAGGGCAUUAUAAAGCUGAGCCCUGCCUGGGUAAGAGCUCUGGGGGGGAUGUUCUGCUGGAGGUCGAUGCUGGUGCAGAGCAGAAAGCGAGCAAGCAGACAGCGGCAGAGGAGCAGCCUACCUCAGAGCAAGCAGGGGAGGACACUCCCGAAGGUGCUGGGGAAAGCCUGAGGGCACUUCAGGGUUCGGAAGGGGACUCAGCGUCGCCUCCUGCCUCUCGGUUGUCUCCCACCUUCGCAGGCGGCAGCCAGACAAGUACACUACAGGCAGAAGGAAAGAUCUCAGCUGGGGAAACAAGAAACAGCAGCAUGGUCAAAGCCCAGGGAGCAGGAAGGGUUCCUAAAGGUAACUCCUCCACCGCCAGAAGCCUCCUGCUGGAAGACAGUGACAGGAGAGCAGAAGGCAGCCCUGCCUGUCCAGCAGAGAGUGCCCUCCAAGGAAGGGCUGUGGCCAACAGAGCUGAGGGAGUGAAUAUGUCACAGCAUGAGGACCCAGCACAGGAUGAGGCAGCAUCUGAACUUCAGCAGGACGAGGAGAAGAAAGAGCCCAAAGAGCAGAACCUGCCAGAAGAAGGAAAAGCUUUGGGCUCCAAAGUGGGAAAAAGCAAGGGACAAAGUGAGCAGCGAGAACAGCAGAGGGAAGAGCUCGGGCUGAAGGAAGAGCUUCAGCUAGAGCCUCCAUCAGCAUCUUUCAAGCCAGAGGUACCUUCUGUUCCCAGGCAUGCUGUGGGCCCUUGUGGUCUGGAGAAUGUCUUGGUGGCAGAGCAAACAGGAGCAGUGUUUCCUCCCGGGGAACCUGUGGCUGUGCGUCCGGCUCCUGCCGGUGUGCUGCCACAAGCUGCUGCUGCAGAAGCAGGCUCUGGGUGCCAGCCACCUGCUGGCAGCCCUCUGUCCUCAGAUAACCUGAACCCAGGAGGUGAAACUUCACACAGGUGCCAAGCCUCUGAGCAGGCAGAAGACCCAGAAGACUCUGGCUUGCUGUUCCAGUGGUGGUCAGGGGAGCGGAGAAAGCUGAACUGGGCUGACUGGCCAAGGCUGGGCAAGGAGGGUGGGCACAGUGAUGGGCACGGAAAGCCUCUCCUGCAGUUUGGUAGGGAUGCACUGCUCCCUGGAGCAGAGAAGCAAGAGGUUUCUGUUCCAGCACACCCUUCCUCUGUCUCCCAGAGCUUGGGGCCAGCCCAUCCCGGGUCAGAAGAGUUGGGAGAAGCUGAGCUUCAGGAAUUCAUUCCAGCUCUCCCCUCAGAGCUCAGCUCUGUGGCGUCGGCGUCUGGCCCAUGGCAACCCCCUGCUAGUGGGGCAGCCUCUGUGACCCCCGAGGACUGUCCUGUGGCCUCAGAGAAGGCAGCCAACCAAGCAGCUGCUGUGCAAGUGCAGGAGCCAAGGUCAGGAGAAGCUGCUGCUCCGAGGGGUGCAGCUCCAGAGGAGGCCAGCACUUCCCAUCAACUCCUCACUUGUGAGGAAGGCUUUCAUGAAGGCCUUCCUGGCCCCUCUGUAGCAUGCACAAGCUGUCUUGCCCUGGAGGAGAGCAGGAUUGGAGCUGUCACUGCAGGGCCACUGGAGCCACCCCGAACACCAGGCAGGACUUCCACUCCCCUGAGCCCCCUAGAGACGACUCAGCACAGCCUCCCAGGGUCGAGUGCUGCUGUCCAGGGCGAAGGAGAGCGCAGCAGGCAUGGGUCAGGAAGCAACAACAGAUGCAGCCAGGUUCAGUUUUAACCCCCAGGAGAGCCUGGAUCCAGGAUCUCCAGCGUCCUGAGCAGCCUCACUUGGCCCUCUGAAGACGAUUCCGUCCCUGCUGUGAGCUUUCAAGAACAACCUCUGUCCCACUCGAGCCUACCUCCAGUGUCCGAGCCCGAUGCCAACCUGCUGCUUCCUCCUGCUCCCCAGCUGCAAAGCCCAGGCAAGCUCAGGCCCCCUGCACUCCAUGCAGAUCACCUCGCUCAGCCCCCAGCCCUCCAGGGUCACCAGCCCCUGGCUCCUGUGCCCUGCUGCAGGCCACAUGCCAGCUGUGAGGUGGGUGACAGUGAGCUGGCUGGCCCUUUGCCUGCUCCUCGGACUGCUGCCCCUGGGCCCGAGCCUCACACUGUGGCCUCUGCUGCUGGUGGAGAAGAGGGAGCAGAGAAAGGUGACCUUGCUCCAGUGACUGGAGAGUGGGAUCUGGGUGAGUCAGGUACCCAGGAGACAGAGACUUGUGAUGACUCAGGGGUCAGUUUGCUGGCCAGAAGCGUUUCUGCUGUUGGCAGUGAAGCAUUGGCUGGCUGCUCUGACAGCAGCCCUGACACGGCAGACCAGCACAGGCCGUCGGGCAGCUCCUCACCUGAGCACCCUCCCUGGCCCUCGCUGGAAGGCCUGCUAGCAUCCACGGACUGCGGGAGCAGAGAGGCUGCUCAGCCCCUUCCCAUGCUGGCCUUCACCAAUCCAAUCCACUUCCUCCAGCUCGGCCCUCCAUCACCACCCACCGGCAGAAAGAGCUGCCAAGAGGAGGAGGUCUCAGGGCAGCCACGGUGGCAGCACCAGGCAGGCACCUUUGGCAUGGGCACAAAGAGCAUCCAAGCUCCACUGGCAGUGGCGGAGAACACAGGAGAUGAGAGAAGGGUCAAGCAAAAGCUGGGAGGAGGAGGAGAAGGUGGCUUGGCAGCUCAGCCCCAGGAAGGGGAUGCCAAGGCACCACCUUUGAGGAAAGCAUCGAGCUGGCCAGAUAAGAGAGCCAGCAGGGCAGCUGCACAGGAGCCAGCAGCUCAUCAGGACAGCCCAAUGAAGCGCCGAGUGAAAAGCAAGGACUGGCACCGGCAGGGCUUGAAGAGGACCUCAGUACCGCCAGACAUCCUGCAGGAAAUGCCUUCUGUGCCCUCAGAGGAAGAAGCUCACAAGGCACACAGGGAGCCACCAGGCAGUGCAGAAACAGUGAUAUUGAGAGAGAAGAAACCUGCAGACACGACGGAGAACUUCAAACGCAGACACUCCAAACUGAUCAACUCGUCAAGACUGCUGUACCAGGAGUACAGUGAUGUGGUGCUGAACAAGGCCAUUCAAAGCCAGAAGAGAGUGGACUCUUUUGCAGAGGACCUAGAGUCGAGCUUCCCAAGCUCCCCGAGGCUGCGCAGGAAAGUGCUGUCCCCCCAGGACUCCUACUUGCAGCGCCUGUCAGUCUGCUCUACUGCAUCCCUCUGGCAGGACAUCCCUGUGAUAAGGGGCAGCAGGAUGCUGCUCAAUAUGUCCCGUGAUGAGCAGAAGCUGCAGGAGGCCAAAUUUGAGUUGAUCAUGUCUGAAGCUUCCUACCUACGCAGCCUCAACGUGGCAGUAGAUCACUUCCAGAGGUCAGCAGAGCUGCAGGCAAUGCUGACCAACCAGGAGCGGCAGUGGCUCUUCUCCCGCCUCCACGACGUCCGCGAUGUCAGCGCCAGUUUCCUCUUUGACUUGGAGGAGAAGUUUGAGGAGGACAUGUUCACCUUCCACGUGUGUGAUGUGGCUCUGAAACAUGCCCCCGAGUUCCGCAGGGUCUAUCUGCCCUACGUAACCAACCAGACCUACCAGGAGCAAACCUUCCAGCGCCUACUAAAUGGAAAUGCAGGGUUCCAGCAAGUCCUGGAGAGACUGGAAAGCGAUCCAGUGUGCCAGCGUCUCUCACUUAAAUCCUUCCUCAUCCUCCCUUUCCAGCGCAUCACUCGCCUCAAACUCCUCUUGCAGAACAUCCUGAAGAGAACCAUGCCUGGCUCUGAGGAGGAAGUGCAGGCAACACAGGCCUAUGAUGCACUUGAAAAGCUCAUCAAGGAUUGCAAUGAAAAUGUCCAGCGCAUGAAGAGCACUGAAGAGCUGAUCUACCUCAGCCAGAAGAUUGAAUUUGAGUGCAAGAUCUUUCCCCUCAUCUCGCAGUCGCGCCGCCUGGUGAAGUGCGGGGAGCUGUCUGCGCUGGACAACAGCCCCCUGAGUCCGAAGUGGAAGGUCACCACCCGGCCCAUCUACCUGCACCUCUUCAACGACUGCCUGCUGCUGUCGCGGCCCAAGGAGGGCGGACGGUUUGUUGUGUUUGACCACGCUGCUUUCUCAGACGUGCGUGGGGAGAAGUGUGAGAUGAAGCUGCAUGGAAGCAACAAAAACGUUUUCCGUCUCUUUCUGCUCCAGAAUUACCAGGGAAAGAGAGUGGAGUUCUUGUUCCGUACAGAGACACACAGUGAGAAACUGAGAUGGAUCUCUGCUUUGGCUCCUCCACGAGGAGAACUGGACCUCCUGGAAUGUCCUGAUGCACCACAAGUUCAGUGCAUAAAGACCUACAAGGCUCGAGAGAACGAUGAGCUGGCUCUGGAGAAAGCAGACAUCAUCAUGGUGAUGCAGUACAGCAAUGAUGGGUGGAUGGAAGGAGUCAAACUUUCUGACCGGGAGAGAGGCUGGUUCCCCUCAGAGCACGUGGAGCUGAUAUCCAGCAAACAGGCGAGGCAGAAGAACCUGAAGGAGGAGCAACGUGUGAAGAACGCCAAGCAGCAUGUCUUCUGCAAGAAAUAAGGACUCUGCUUGGACCUGUACAGUCUCCCUGCCUUGGGGCAGCCGUGGCUUUGAUGUCAUGCCUCAGAAGAAACACCUCUGCAGAGAGCAUCAGCGCAGCACUUUGACAGCACCAGGGGCUGUUUGCCAAAGAAAGCAGGAAUUCAAUCAGGAAAACAAAUCAAUUCACUUCCUCUGUGUCACCAGGACUAUGGCAGCAGGAGAAGGGGGGGAAAGUUGCUUGUGUUGCUUGUUUUGUGGUAAUAGGGAGGGACUUUAAUCAGCCAGAGGCCUGGGAACUGGACUUCACAAAAAUACAUUCCUGGUUUCACCACUGGGAAGUUGCAGGACUUUGGGUGAGUCACUGCAGAAUUCUGCCUCAGUUUUCCCAUCUGUGCCAUGGGUGGAAAACUUUCCUAUCUCACUGGAUGUCGUGAGGCUGAAAGUGUGCGCAGAGCUCUGAGUUGCUGAGGAAGGAGGUUGCUGUGUGCAAAGCACAAUAGAGGUGAGGAGGUUUCCUUUUCAGUAUCCUCUUAUGUCUUGCUGGUGUUGAUGGUCAGAGCUCUGAGUUGCUGAGGAAGGAGGUUGCUGUGUGCAAAGCACAAUAGAGGUGAGGGGGUUUCCUUUUCAGUAUCCUCUUGAUGUCUUGCUGGUGUUGAUGCUCAGAGCUCUGAGUUGCUGAGGAAGGAGGUUGCUGUGUGCAAAGCACAACAGAGCUGAGGAGGUUUCCUUUUCAGUAUCCUCUUGAUGUCUUGCUGGUGUUGAUGCUCAGAGCUCUGAGUUGCUGAGGAAGAAGGUUGCUGUGUGCAAAGCACAAUAGGAGGUGAGGAGGUUUCCUUUCAAUCUCUCCCUUGCAUUGAUCUCCACAGAGUGUAAAUUCCAUUUGCAGUGACUGAUCUGUUUGACUGUGCAAGCCUACUGUGUUUUGAGAUGAGCAAAUAUUCCCUUGUUACCUAAACCUGACUCUGUUAAGAGGCUUUGACAGCAUCAGAAUAUCCACUGGAGUUAGUUGUUUGGAAGCCACUGUGGUGAUUUCCACACACUCCCAACACACCUUAAGAAGUACCAAGCUGAAGAAUCUGUUUCACAAAGGUCAUCUCUCUCCUUAACCUUCUUGAUCCCUGCUGCCCUUUUCCCACCUCUCUGUUUGUAACACUCAACCCUCCCUUUAUCCUCUGUGCCUGGAAUUGUUUUAGCAGGCAUCUUCUCUCUCAAAAUGAGGCCUUUUUCACCUCAGCUAUUUGAGUAUCUCCACCUCUUUGCUUUCCUAGCAGCUCUGUGCCCUGCUGGCACUCUCUUAUUUUGAGCUCUCUGGUCCUUUUCACUGCUGGGUUUCACCAUCUUGUGUUUUCCUUCUCCCAUAACUUUCUCUCCAGGCACAGCUGGCUUGGACAAUGUGCAUGUGGUGUGCUGGGGGUGGGGGGUUGGUUUUCUUUGUCCCCUUAUAGGGUGCAAGGGCCAUAAGGGUACAUCACUGAACACCCAGAACUGUGUGGGAGAUACUGAUGCUGCCAGUGGUUGUGGUACAGGGAGCAGUGCACUGUUUGCAGGCCAAAGCACAACCACAAAGGAAGAAGGAGCUUGGUAAGAGAGGAUGGGAUGUGGAAUGUGCACUGAGAAGGCAUCUGGUGGGGUUCCUGGAGACCUCUGCAGGCAGGAUGUUGCAGUAAAACCAACUGAAAUGAGCUGGCCUUUGGGCUGGGGUUUUUUUUUUCCACCCUGCCUCUCACUCAGACUAAAACAACCACAAAGCUCUUUUUUAGUACCUGGACAAAGUAAGCCUGACUUAGGCAAAUGCAACCAAGUGGCACUUUUCCUGCUGCUCUUAACCUGACAGCUGAUGUGGUAUUGCAUGCACCAUUUUGCACACUGAGAGAUAGUUUAGCCACUGUAGAUAAAAAAAAAACAAAGCCCACAAAUGCCUACCAGGGGGUUUUGUUCAUGGGGGAGCACUCUGGUUUUAAGUGCAGUUUACAUGCAGUCCUGUUUUGGGGCAGAACCUGUCUUAUUUGAGGACGAUGCCUUUCCACUGUAAAAUAGUUUGUGUUUUUUAAGGUGUUAAAAAGUGUUGAGUCAAUGCAAGAUCUGCUAGAAGAAUCAGUAGAGGGAAGAGAGCAACCCUGUAGCCCUUCUUGCAGUUAAUAUAUUGGAAGAAUUGAAUUUGUCUUCAUUUCUGCAGCUUUUUCUGUCUCUGUGUAACAUUUCUGCCUCAGAGUUCCCAUCUACACUGUAUCCAGUAGAGCUUAUUACAGCCUAUUUAUAUCCAUAACUUUUGGCUGGAUUAAACAACCCAACCAACCCACGAAGUUGCUGUUAGUCCCAAUAAACUCAUGCACUUCACCAGUUAAAA